AUGCCCAAGCGAAAGACAGCCCUCGAAUCGGACUCUGGUCUCUCGUCGCCGCCCGAGAGCAUCGUUGACCAAACCGAUGCCCAAUUGAAUGGACAAGCAGAGCCGAGCGUCAAGAGACGAAAGGUCAAAAAGGAAGCUGUAGAAGCAGAAACCGCCCUGGUCCAGCCGAAAAAGGCGAGCAACAAGCCAAGAGGAGCGCGCAAAGUGAAAAUAGAGGCAGAGGAAGAGGAGGCUGAGUUGGAAGACGACGUGCAACAAGGAGCCAAAGACUUGUCUUCCAAACCCAAGCGAAAGCGAAAGAUCAAGACCAAGACCGAGGAAGUCAAGGAAGAGGAGGAAGAAGCUGAUGAGAACGACGAGAUCGUAGAGAAGAAAGGAAAGAAGAAGCGAAAGACCAAGGCCGAAAAGGAGGCAGAGGCAAUGCCCUUGGCAGCACGCACAGCUGGGCACAAACUGUACAUUGGAGCGCAUGUGAGCGCUGCGGGAGGUAUACGAUAUCCGCCCAUAGAAUCCAGGAAUUAUGCUGACAACUAUACAGGCGUCCACAAUGCAGUCGUCAACAGCGUCCACAUCGGCGCCAACGCCUUCGCACUCUUCCUCAAAUCCCAACGAAAAUGGGCAAACCCACCACUCCAAGACGACCAUCGUCUAUCCUUCCACAACAAUUGCAAAACCCACACAUACAACCAAAUGCGCCACGUCGUCCCGCACGGUUCAUACCUCGUGAACCUCGCACACACAGACCAAGCCCGAACAGACCAAGCCUACACCUCCUACCUCGACGACCUCAAACGCUGCGAAAGUCUCGGAAUCAACCUCUACAACAUCCACCCCGGAAACACAGUCUCCAACGACCGCCAGAAAGCCAUCACACACCUGGCAUCAAACCUCAACGCAGCCCACCGAGAGACGUCCUCGGUAAUCACUCUCCUCGAAAAUAUGGCGGCAGGCGGAAACGUUCUCGGCAGCACGUUUGAAGACUUACGGGACAUCAUUGCGCUGGUGGAGAAUAAGGAACGCAUAGGGGUCUGUAUCGAUACUUGCCACGCCUUCGCGGGAGGCUACGACCUCCGGACUCCGGAGACUUUCCACAAAACCAUGCAAACUUUCGAUGCAUUGGUGGGUCUCCAAUACCUCCGCGCUGUGCACCUCAACGACAGCAAAGCCCCCUUUGCUUCCCACCGCGAUCUACACGCGAACAUCGGAACCGGCUUCCUCGGCCUGCGAGCUUUUCAUAAUAUCGUAAAUGACCCCCGGUUCGAGGGAUUACCGCUCAUACUGGAAACUCCGAUUGAAGUGCGAGAUGAGAAUGGGAAUUUGGUGAAGGAUGAAAAGGGCAAGGAGAAGGAAGAUAAGGGGAUCUGGGCGCGGGAGAUUAAAAUGUUGGAGGGGUUGGUGGGGAUGGAUGUUGAAGGGGAGGAGUUUCGGGCAUUGGAGAGGAAAUUGGCGAGGCAGGGGGAGCCGGAGAGGGAGAGGUUGAUGGAGCAGAUUGAGAGGAAGAAGGAGAAGGAGGAGAAGAAGAAAGGUGCUGGGAAGGGGAAGAAGGGGAAGAAGGUCGAGAGUGAGUCGGAGGGGAGUGAGCUUGGAGAUGAGUGA